GAGGUAGGUCAGGCUGAGCGGAGAGUCAGAGGGUUUAUUUAACUCGUCGCUCUGUCCUCCCCCACUUUCCCAACGCGCCACCAAGAGGGUUACCAUCCUACAGCGGCGGCACCGAGGCGUGGACAUCUCUAGGAUUAACUAGAUCCAAAACAACUUAGGUUCAACUAUUAAACUAUCAUAAAUGUCUUAACAAAUUGAGCUUUUAAAAAGAUUUUUACUGCGUUCUGCAAACUGUUUCUGAAAUCAGACGGUAGAUAAAUGCGUAAUUAUUUGUGAUCGUUUUGGAAAAAGUACCUUCCUAUCUUUGCCUGCGUAAUUGGACUAAAGAGAAUGGAGCGAAUUACGAGCGCGCAGCCACCUCCUCUGUCCAAACACCAGACUGAUCUGACAGACGCACAGGGAAUGGAUUUCCCGAUGUAUGUUUAUAAACCCAGGCGAGGAAUGAAAAGAGGAGAGGAGAGCAAGGAGACCUACAAGUUGCCGCACAGGCUUAUCGAGAAGAAAAGGCGUGACCGGAUAAACGAGUGCAUCGCCCAGUUGAAAGAUUUAUUACCGGAGCACCUGAAACUCACGACUCUGGGCCAUCUGGAGAAGGCUGUGGUUUUAGAGCUCACACUGAAGCAUGUGAAAGCCCUCACUUCACUUCUGGAGCAACAGCAGCAGAAGAUCCUUGCUCUGCAGAAUGGCAUGCAAAUUGAGCAGCCUUCUGUCAGCCAGGAAAAGUCAGAGGAAAUGUUUCGCUCUGGCUUCCAUAUGUGUGCCAAGGAGAUUCUUCAGUAUCUAGCCAGUCAUGAAACUGAUGAAGACUUCACGCCGUCCCAUGUGAUUAAUCACCUUCACAAAGUAGCUGCAGAGGUUCUUCAAAGUCCAGUCCGACCCCACACUCCCCUCAGCCCACAGCCAGAGGAAACCCAUGCCUACCACCAACGCCAGCCUCACAAAGAGAUGCCUGGACCAACCUCCCAAGGAGACGCCCACCAGCGGCUGAGCACGAGCCCACCCCCUAAACCCAGCGAGGGUUAUGGGAGGAACUGUGUACCUGUCAUCCAGCGUGCAUAUGCUCCACCAAAUGGUGAGCAGAGUGGCAGUGAUACAGAUACAGACAGUGGCUAUGGAGGAGAGUUGGAGAAGAAUGAAUCCGGGGUACCACAGGGACGUCCAGGUUACUACACUCAGGAGAGCCAGCUGAAGCGAGCCCUAAGUGAGAGGCAGAGCUCUGGCAUCAAGCAGGAGGACGACAUGCCGCGCAACAAACGGCCCAGGGUGGAGUCAUCUGAGGAUGAGCUGCUGUCAGGCGGAGAGUCAUCCACUUCAUCCUCUAGUGGUUAUGGUAGUUACACAAGUGUCUCUCCCAACCAUCCACCACCUCCUCCACACCCCCUCUGUAUGCCUUUCUACCUCAUUCCACCCUCUGCUGCAGCCUACCUGCCAAUGCUGGACAAAUGCUGGUACCCCGGGGCCGUGCCCAUGCUCUACCCUGGCAUGGGAGGCUCUUCACCCACCAUGCCAAGUGAAAGGCCACCUCCACCUCAGCUAGUGUUGUCUCCCAGGGGAGGCUCUCCAGCCCCAGUCAUAUCUCACACCCCCAUGGACUCUCCUGCCCUUCUGCAGGCACUAAAGCAGGUACCACCCCUCAACCUAGAAACCAAAGACUAACAGAGAGGAGAAUGGGUAAACAAAUGAUCCUGUUCAGGUAUACAGAAGCAGAGACAGUAUUAGGAGGGAGAACCUGACUGAGCCGUUUCAUAAUCCAUCCUCAUUCCUCACCUCUGUCCCUCAGCCUGGAGGUCUCACAGCAAACAAGAGGACAUGUAGAAAUGAUGGAGAGAGAAGGGAGCAGCAUCCGUCCUCGCCUGGAGGUUGCAAUGCUCUGGUUGAAUGUUUAAAACUCAGUGGUUUUUUUCUCAGAGUAAAUGUAUAAUAUAAACUGGACCUGCCCUACACACACACAUCUACACACAUGCACACACGUGGUUGAAUGUAAAGAAAGACAUGUUUAGAUGCUGCUGUUAAAGUAUAAACGCAGAUGACACUGUUGCAUCUCACUUGUAGCUAUUGCGAAAGAGACAUGCCCUCUUUUACUCUAGAAAUUGUUGCACCAAAUGUUAGUCGUAAAGAUUCACCCAAAGUUCGUUGCCUAUGUCCUGCAGGUCAUCGUCAACACUGAAAGCACCCUUUGCACCAGACAGUGUGAGGGGCACCAUACAGUAAAGGGUUUCCUCAAGCUUGUACAGACAAGAUAAAAGGUACACCUACAUAGGGAUAAAGGAAUAGGCCGCCACAUGACCACACUGAAUGAGAAAACUUGUUAUCCAUUUACAGACAGAUGAAACCAAUUUUCUGUAAUUAUUGUUCAUAGUCUUGUUGUACAUUUCUAUUUUUGAUACCUGUUCUUGCACUCUGUCUGGAGAGAUAGAAGGAGGGCAGAGUGUGGACAAUGUACGUCGUGUACUCAGAAACUGUGUACAUACUGUAGCACUGUGCUGGACCUGGUCUGCAUACUCAACAUCUGUUUCUGCUCAAGUCAAACCUGGUGUUUGUUCUUGCUGUUGCCUUUUACUUGUGAAAAGCUGAUAACUCUCAGAUGUUUAUUCUCUGUACUAUGUAUGAAUACUGGAGUCAAAGGAGUGAGGAGUAUAGAAGUGAAUGUCAAAGUUUUACCAGAAGACUAGUUUUCUAUAGAAAGAGGUACUUGAGAUUUUAUAUUUUGGGACCUACAUGAAAGAUGUUUGAUGUACAUAAUGUAUUUUGUCUAUAAAUGUUGAUAUACAUUAUAUAAGUGUAUUAAUAAAGUAUUUUUUUCCCGUGGAAAAUGGC